CACCCUCCAUUAGCUGGAGCUAGUACUAGUUUUACUUUAUUUCUUCGUUUGGGUUGAAUACAGGAGAACAAACCGUUAUUGACACUGUAUGUUUCAAUAAUGAGCUAGCUAAGCAUGAAAUAGAAACCCUGAUUUGAAUCCUUGUUGGCAAAUUUGGAAGAAUAUAUAUGAGAACUGGAAAAGUUCUUGCUUCCACCAGAGAAAGAUGAGGACCAUAACCUCCUCGGUUGGCAAAGUUGAGACUGUGACUGUGAGGAGAACAGAGUCAUCGGAUGCACAUGCGAUCAAUAGCCUGAUCAGUCCUGCCACAGUAGCAGUAUUUGGAAGAGUAAAUGUCAUUCAUCUACUAGAGAAGGCCAAUCUGGCAGUGACCCUGAGCAAUGCGAAGAAUGAGGUCUUGGCCCAUGCUGCCUUCUCUGAUCACCCCAUUGGAGACAUUGUGGAUCAAGCUUGUUGGGAACCAUUCCUGCAUGACAAUUACAGUGCUGAAAAAUACACGCCUCUGAACACACUUUUCCUGCACCUCUUCGUGGCACAGCCGAUCUUCUCCAUCGGGAGUGCCAAAGAGAUUGUAAGAACUGUGUUCAAUGCUAUCACAGAGCUGCAAUACAUCUGCUUGGUCACCCCAACUAGUCGAUGUCUAGAGCGUGCACUGGUAACGAUCUUUGAGCCCAUGAAGAGUCAGAAGGAUCCAGGGCCCCAGUGUUCAGCAUUUGUGUGCCACAGACACAACUAUUGCCCAAGGCUGCAUGUCCGCCGAGCCAGGGUGGAGGAUCAUGAUGACCUCACACACAUCUUUGCGGAGCAGACAAAGGCCCUCACAGGAUCCUAUGGGACUUACUUUCUGGCUGAACUCAUUGAGGCUCAGGACGACGAAAAUCAUGCAGCUGUUUGUGAGAAUGAGGGAACUGCUGUGGGUUUCAUAAGUGUGAGUGGUGACAUCAACUUGAAGCUGCUCAACGAGUGCUUUGAGCUUGGGCCAUUCAACGGUCUGUAUAAGCCCAGUCCAGAGGACCUGACUGAGACUGCCCCUGAGCCAGAGGGAGAGGGGACUCCAGGGGACACCAACACCAUCAGCCCACAGGAUAGCACUGGAGAGGUGCAGUAUGAGAUGAAUCUGACCCAGAAGGACCCAUGUGUCCAAAAUCAACAAUACUGUAAGGCUAUAACAGAUGCAAUUGUUAGGCAUAAUGUGACAUAUUGGUUUGAUUAAAUGAAUUGCGAGGUAUCAUCACAGGACGUGGACCAGACAAAGGAUUUUGAUCAAGGUGGCGUUACAGAAAUACCCAGUGAAGUAUCAGAGCCAGGGGACAGCCAGGCUUGUGCAGCAGAGCCUCAGGGUUCAGAAGUGACUCUGGAACCAAGAGUCUCAGUAACACCCAAUGCAUUCUGUAUUCAAUUAUUUGUCAUCUACAAGAAUUUUGAAAUGAGAUCGGUGGACUUCCUGCCCAAUAUAUUUAAACUUUUCCCUGACCGUGAUUUCUGCAUCAUCUCUGUGCCCAAGCUGGCCCCUGAGUUCCCCCUCCUCCAGAGCUUCCUCAGAGUAGUACCACACCACACCAGCAGCCUGCCGCAGGAGCUCUACAUCUUCCACCGCUCUGGCCUGCUCAAGACAUUUGUGGUGAGUCUGGCAGUGUCUGCAGACAGGCCUGCAGUCUGUGACAUGGUGAAGAGACUCAGUCUGCAUGUGAGCCUGCUGGAGGACGUGGACAUGUUCUUCAAGGCCAACAGAGACAUGGUCAACUUGGAGAUGGAACACCUUGCAGGCAUUUGUAGCCCAUGUUCAGACCAACUAGUUGGGAUUGUAAUCAUCAGAAAUGAGGAGGAUAUAGAUUACAUCCGAGCCAACUACAACAUUGAGAACUUCAUCUACUUCAGCCACCACCGCUAUGAGGAGCACGGCCAGCUGUGUCACUUUGCCCUCAACCCCAUCUUCCAGCACUACGCCAAACACUUCCUAAAGGAGGUCCUGCGGCUGGCACACAAAUCCUGCCUCUACUACCCAAUCUACCCUUCCUACCACAACCAGAAGAACUCAUGUGCCCAUUACCUGACCUCUGUUCUUAACUGCAUGGUUCCGGUGCACCCGCGACGCCAGAUUGUCUACCCUCUGGAGGAGCUGGGCAUCAACGCGCCAUCCAAGCAGAUCACUAAGGACCAGGUCUCGUAUGCUCUCAACCACAUCAACCGAAAACUAACCAUGGAACCAAAAGUCACCAUCAAUGCCAGGAUCGUGGUAGUGGGGGCAUCAGACACUGGCUUAGCAUUUCUGGAGGUGCUUGCUUUCUGCCCACACCUGAGGUUCAAUAACAUGACUCUGAUCUCCACGCAUGGCUUCCCAGGCUACUACACCAAUGAAAAGAUGAGAUUCUUGUCCACAAGUCAUAGCUCCAGCGACAGGGACCAUGCCCAGAUGUCUCUACGCUCCUGGAUCAACGUGGUGACAGGCAAGAUGGUGGGCAUCGACAGGGCAGCCAAGCAUGUACUGGUGUCUGGGGGCAGGAAAGUGCCUUAUGAUCAUCUCAUCCUCUGUACAGGCCAGCAGUACCAGGUUCCCUGUCCCACUGGUGUGGAUGGCAGUCUUCUUCCACCCAAAAUCCAGCUCCCAGCCCAGCCCCGCCGUAGAUACACCGGGACCGUCCCAUCCAACCUCUUCACCCUCAACGACCACCACGACUGUGUGACCGCUUACCAGUGGCUGCUCAACAACUUUGUGGAGCUGAAGGGUAAUGCAAUAGUGUACGGUAACACCAUUGACGUGUACACCUGUGUGGAGACUCUGUUAUGCCUGGAUGUCCAAGGCUAUCGCAUCCACCUGGUCCAUCUGCCCACCACGGAGGGCUCCAGCUGCAGCCCCAGCUCGUGCUUCAGCAACCCCACAGUGGAGAAGGCCAUGAAGAAGGCCUUGGAGAAGAGUGGGGUCCAUGUUCACCACAACUGCUUGCUGGCCCAGAUGAAUGACGGACAGAACCCUGAGCCAAUCACCUCCUUGUCCUUCACCAGUGACAGUCAGCCUCUCCGGCUGGAGUGCUCUGUGUUUAUGAACCUCUCCUCCAAAGGUGUGGACUACGAUGCCUUUAAGACCAUCAACGACGCCUGUCUGGUGUACGACGGCCGACUGGUCAUAGACACCACAUUCCAUACGAACGACUCCACCAUCCGCGCAGCCGGGCCCCUCACCAAGUUUGCCCGGCGCUAUCACGCAGACCAGUGGUCCCACUCCAGCUUCAACUCUAGGGAGGUGGGCCAGGAGCUGGCUGCUGCUCUGCUGCCCUUCUUCGACCCCACGCUGGAGCCGGCCGUCAACUCUCCAGCCGACCUGGACCGCCUCAUCCCCAUCUACACACAAGCCAAGAUCCAAGGUGGUAGACUGCCAGGAGGAUACAGUUAUCUCCAUGCUACCAAACCAGAGCAAAGGCCAUCUGCAGUUCACCCUGUAGAGGGAAGAGAGAUCCUGACUGGCCGCAUUGAGACUGGCAACUACUUCCACCUGCACCUGAACCAGUACGACAUGGUGGAGACAAUCACCUGUCUGUCACUGAAGCCCUUCCCAGUCUCCAACUACCUGUGUCUCUAUGGGAAACAUGAGCUGCUGCUCAACCGCCUGUGUUCCCGUUAUGAUGAAGGGCUGGUUCACGACCUCUACAUUUAUUUCAGGGAGAAAUGGUGCCUGGCGAUAUAUCAUGAUCGCUUUUCAGACUUUGAGCAGGAAAUGCACCAGAUAAUGGAAUCAACUAAAGUGCAGGACCACAAUGAUGUGUCCAUUUCAGAGCUCGUUCAGAGAAUGAUAGACGAGAAGCUGGACAUUAUUGAGGAACCGAACGUGUUUCUCAAGAAGGUGUUGGAAACAAGUGGGGGAUUGGCUUCCUUGAAGACCAGCACUCUGAAUUACCUGAGGUACAACAGGUACCACCUGACUAUGUAUGCCCAGCCUGGACUACUGUAACUGCUCCUACAUCUUAUCUUACCUCAACCCACAUUUUAAAUGACAUAUUCAUCACAUAGAAAUAUUCCAUUGUUUUUAUUUAAUUAAAACGUUGUAGAAUCAUCCAACUGUAGUAAAAACAUUGACAUUCAAUUGAGUUAAUUUGAACAGAAAAUACAGUAGCCAAUGUUUUUAAUAAAUGUACUUGUGAUUUUAGAUAGACAAUAAUAUUAGGUUAUGUACACACUUUUAGCAUGAACAAGAACACUAACUUGUAGUUGUCUUAAUUUUAUGAGAAGUUAAGGUUGACUGAUUUGAGAAAACAGAGAAAACAAAACAAUCCUCAUUAAGUGUUAUAAUAAAGUCACAACGAAUUGUCAAAUUCAGCUUUCUCACAUAACAGUUUUUGCUCAAAUUCGCAUUAAAGGUCACUUGUAAUUGUAACUGCAACGGUUAUUGGGAUGACUGAUACGACCUAGGCCUAGAGGAAAGUGGAUUUAGUGAGUGGGAGGAGGGGUUCUAUAUUCUACAGCUGUAUGGUAAUGAGGCUCAAAUCUUCACUGCCUCUCUGCGCAGCACACGCCAAUGAACAAAUAGCCGCACACGCGCCUCAAGGUAUGGGAUCGUUCAAGCGUUUAUCAAAUAGCUCGGUAAGAUAAACGUUAAUUGGUAGAAUAUAUGAAUCUAUGAAAUGACAUGGCUCAAUGACACCCAAUGAAUUGUGUCAUCCCCUGGCUAUUGAAUAAUUAGCCAUUUUAAUGCAAACAAUUUCCCAGAGGAAGGCAAUUUAAAAAGUAUUUGAAAACAUGGUAUUCUAACAUGACCUACAGUAUAAGCCUAUAAUAUAGGCCUAUAGGUCAUGUUAGAAUACCAUGUUUUCAAACACUUUUUAAAGAUUUUACCUACUGAAAAAAAUCUUUAAUUAUUAUUUGCAUCAUUGUUUGGGCCUUGGAUAAUUACUUUUUUCCCUAACUGUAAAUUAAAUCUUCCAGAUUUGUGUGAUUGUUUUAAUUCGUAACCUAUUAUGUGUGCUUUGAUUCUUAAUUAUACUGGGGAUAUUUAUUAUUCAACCUCGAAGGAGAUUUUGCCUCGACAUAUUUGCUGUUUCUGAAUUAAGUCUAUUGAGAAUUUAAAAAGGAAACUUUCAGAAUAGGCCUACUUGAUCAGCAAUAAUUUCACGUAGCCCAAUAAUUUCACGUAAUCUGAAUUUAACGUUCAGAUUAGUUUGAGCAACUUUAUAGUUAUAUACAUGUAUAUGCCUAUUAAUAACCGGAGAGGUCUAUGCCAUUCAAAUCUCGUAUUUGGUGAAAUUCUGUCAACAGAAACAAAAAGACUUGGUAGACAUCUGGCAUGUGGUUUAUCACACACAUUAUUAUGGAAUGAAAUCUUGACGCAUUAGCCAAACUAGACAAGUCUUCUCGUUCCUCGCCAUGGUGGUGGAUAGCCCUUAGGCUAUAUUUUAGAGAUGGGAUCAGACCCUGAAGGAAUUGGGUUUGACUGUUUUUAACGGAGAGAUAAUCAUGGUAUGGCCCAUUUGGAGACGGUCGGCUUUGUCCAAACCACACUGAUCACGCACAGCACGCGCCGACAAUAUCUAUUGGCCAGAUUGCUUUGUUGCACAUUUUACCGUGCAAUUUCCUUUUCAAUCACAAGCGGGAUACAGCUUGCAAAAGCGCUGCCAUUGUAAUGCAAAGCAGGGAACCCUGUUUCAUUAAUUAUGUAUGCGUAAAAUGACUGAUUCAUAUGUCCAGAGUUCAACUGUCGUAUCCAACACAUGUCGCUAUGGAUGCCUUGAAAUGUUUCUUUGUUGCUUUUUUUUCUUUCUCUCCAAUAUAAAUAUUUGCUUGUUUUUUUUUUUUAAAUGUGGUGUUUUAAAGGAAUAGGCUAUAGUUUAAACUUCGUAUUGGUUGAACAAUUUGUCGAUUUUCUUUAUCCUUGAAUAAAGCUUAAUAAUUCUGCAAUUGAAGCAGAUUAAAACAUGCAACUCAGCAAUGUGUGUGUGUGUCUGCACAGAAGAUACAUUUUGGGUAGGCCAACUAAUAAAUAACAUCAACCCCAA